AACAGUAUCCAAUUCCGUCCACCUCUACGUCAGAAUAGGAUAACCAAAACCAUCUCGCAAUUGCUAUUCACGCACUUCCUCGCGGUAUGAUUCUAUUUUUGCCCUUCCAGCUACGAUAGGAUAUGUGAUGACGGCAUGAAGAGUGGCGGUGUAAGAUGUUGGGGCCUCGGGGCAAUUGCAUUUUUGCCGGUCUCGGACUGCACCAGCCACAGCCUCCUGAUUGGCACACCGCUCCCAUUAUUUUCCGUCGGGUGGAUAAUGUGCGGAGUAGGAGCGAGUCUGCAUUCGAGCGAUUUUGGAUGGAGACCAUCGGAACUUUGUGCUCAGUACCCAAUAUUUGGCCAGUUUCAACCAAUUGAAAUGGUUCAGCGGCUCCGAAACGGCCGUCGUCCGGUAAUUUUAUUCGCCCAUGUUGCUGCUGCAGAUCUCUCUCAAGUUCAACGCCCUAUUCAAUGCCGAUCCUCCCGUCUGCCUUCGCCCGUUUCACAUCAAUCCUACGAUAUGGAUGCGAUAAGACGUCCUGGCGGAGGCGACCGCUUGUCUACUUGAGACCACCGAGAAAGAUUAUGGCACCACCCUCUUACGAAAUCACACCGAACGGCCUGAGAUAAUGGCAUCAUCGUUGGUAAUUGGGGCGAAACCCCCACUGCGGCCAUUAGGGAAAUAACACCGCACCUUUGCGGUGAGGGUCUGAAGUCAAAGGGUAAAGUCUACCCCUGAGCUGGUUGGGUGGAUCCGAUUACCAUUACCUAUCUAGCGCUAGAUAGCUCCUUUCAGUUUCGUCU